AUGGCUCCUGGAUCAGCCUAUGAAAUCCUCCCUGAUUUUGACGCGCUCUCAGAUUUGGAUGAAACCAAUGAACUGGUGGCCAUAAAGAAGUUCAAAGACAGUGAAGAAAAUGAGGAGGUCAAAGAGACUACUCUGCGGGAGCUUAAGAUGCUUCGGACACUGAAGCAAGACAAUAUUGUCGAGCUGAAGGAAGCUUUCCGUAGACGGGGGAAACUCUACCUUGUCUUUGAAUACGUCGAGAGGAACAUGCUGGAGCUAUUAGAGGAACUGCCCAAUGGUGCGCCGCCUGACAAAGUACGCAGCUACAUCUAUCAGCUCAUCAAAGCCAUCCAUUGGUGUCACAAGAAUGAGAUAGUACACAGAGACAUCAAGCCUGAAAACCUUCUUAUCAGCUCCGAGGAUGUUCUCAAGCUCUGUGACUUUGGUUUUGCUCGUAACCUGUCUGAGGGGACAGAUGCCAACUACACAGAGUAUGUGGCAACAAGGUGGUACCGCUCACCUGAGUUGCUGCUGGGGGCUCCCUAUGGGAAGGCAGUGGACAUGUGGUCAGUGGGCUGUAUCCUGGGGGAGCUGAGUGAUGGACAACCCUUGUUCCCCGGUGAAAGUGAAAUAGAUCAGCUCUUCACCAUUCAGAAGGUACUGGGGCCACUCCCUGCGGAACAGAUGAAGCUGUUCUAUAACAACCCUCGCUUUCAUGGAAUCAGGUUUCCUUCAGUUACUCACCCUCAGACCCUGGAGAGGAGAUACCUUGGCAUCCUAAGUGGUCUGAUGUUAGAUCUGAUGAAGAACCUGUUACUCCUGACCCCUACGGAGCGCUAUCUGACGGAGCAGAGCUUGAACCACCCUGCCUUCCAGCCCCUUCGGCAGACGGAGAGAGAGAGGCCUCCUCCCUCCUCUCCCAAUCCUCCACGCUCCUCCAAGAGGAAGACACACCACCACGGAGAGAACACGGUUCCUACCAGAAGUCAUGGUAAGAGCUCGAGCCACCGUCGAUCCAACAGUAAAGAAUGUUCUAGUCUCCCUCGCCAUGGAGAUCUCCAUCACCUGGGCAAUGAGAGCUUUCUCAAUGGUAAUAAACCGGCCCCCACCAGUUUGAGUCCCACCCUCCAUCCCAAGAGCCAAUACCUGUCCCAGACUCUAAAUCGUUCUGCCUCCUGCAGCAAAGACCUGGCCAAUAACAAUCUGCCACACCUCCUCAGUCCCAAGGAGCCCAAAGGCAAGACAGAGUUUGAUUUCAACAUGGGGUCAGCCCCAAAGCUGCCAGAGCAGGGAGUUGGGGUCAAGUACAGCCAUGGUAAGCCCAGCUCCUCCCGCUCUCAGCAGCAGCAGCAGCAGCAACAACAACAGCAGCAACAACAACAUCAGCAACAACAGCAGGCCAGCCGUCACCCCUUCCUGGAGGGAAAGACCAACACACUGCAGUCUGGAGCGGAGAAACAACAUAGUCGUCACGCCCACAGUAUGGCAGACUCCGCCCAUGGAUCAAUGUCUUCCUCCUCUAAGAGCUCGGCCUCGUAUCUGAGCCUGUCCAAGAGCCACAGCGCCUUGAGCGAUGCAAAGUCUGUGGGAAACCUCAGCGAUGGCCGGCUUCAUCCAGAUGACCCAACCUCAAACGCAACAGCGGGGGUUGGUGUUGGAGCUCGCUUCUUCCCCACUAGCUGUUUAGACCUCAAUGCCCCUUCAGGACCUCUGGGGCCCCCCGGCAGCCCCUCCGCACGACACAGUGACCGCUCCGGGCAUAGCCCUGCCUCUCGUGGCAGCAGCAAUAUCCGAAUGGAGAGCAGCACACUUGACUCCUCCUCAAGGCACAAGUCCAGACACAAAUCUUUGGCACCAGAAGACGCCAAAGCACCAGAGCUCCUAGACCCAGGAGGAGCCAGCAUGCCCUCCACUCAUACCCUGCCAUCGCCUCAUGAGUCUUACCACUAUGGGCUGGGCUAUACCUCACCUUUUUCCUCUCAGCAACGACCUCACCGCCACUCUAUGUACGUGAGGAGGGAGCGCCACCGGCCCCAUGGAGUGGUGGAAGGUGGGUUGGGGGGCCUGCCUGCACCAGGGCAGGGGAUGCCAACACGUGCCAGUAGCCUGCAGCUCCUCUCCCCCCAGCUCCAACACCGGACCACCCUCACCGGACACUCUGUGAGCUCUUCCAGAGAGGACUGCACCGACGACAUGACUAGGAGUGAGCAGUCUCCUAAAGACAUGAGCCACCCUUGUGCCCCCAUCAAAGAUUCUACGCGGGACAACACUCCUGCUUUUCAUUCACAGCGCUCUAAAAAUGAGGUGGGCAUGUACCAUGACCCACACGGUGAAGAUGGAGCAUCCUCCAAGGAGAACCGUAUUAUCUUCAGCGAGUCUAUGCCUCGGAGAGUAGGCAGCUUCUACCGAGUCCCUUCUCCCAGACCAGAUAACUCCUCCUCUUUCCAUGAUGGUAUCGGGCAGGGGCGAGGGCCUGUUAUUCCAGUUGGACCAGUAGACCCUGUUGCUAUGGCAAACCACUCCAAACGCCAGACUGCUUUUGACUGGACUGCUGCAGAGGCCAUGGUCAUGAGUCCUCCAGAGCCCAUCAAAGAGAAGGAGAAACAAGGCUUCUUCAGGGCUAUUAAAAAGAAAAAGAAGAAGACACAAAUAACGGACAUGGAAGAUGGGAGGAACCCCAGCAUAAGGAAAAGCCUUUUCCCCCUCUUUAGCUCUAAGAAUAGCUUAAAGCACAACUCAGCUGUCAAAGUCCUACCUGUAGUCGUCUCGCCUAUGGUACAACACCAGCCUACCACGCCCUAUCCUGCCUCACCAGUUCCUGGUAAUGGGCAAGACCACUUGUCCCUGCAGAGGGGCUCCAAGUCAUCUUCUCACCACAGUAGCUGUCGAAAAAAUCGCGAGCGCUCCCGAGACCGAGAUCGAGAGCGGGAGCGAGAACAGAGUCGAGACAGAGAGAGAGAACGGGAGAGAGAGAGAGAAAGGGAAAGAGAGAGGGACAGAGGAAGAGAGAGAGAAAGACUCAGUGACUGGCCACCAGAGAAGCCGGUUGAUUCACACUCUCAGAGCCAACCGCUGAAGUCACUUCGCAGACUCCUCCACCUCUCCCCCUCUUCGUCUAGCCAAGCACAGCCUCCUCCUCCCCCAGACCUGCGCUUCCAAGCAACGCUCACCAACCCCCCACAGCCCUCGUCCAAAGGGGGCUACUCUGAGGGCAGGAGUCACACAGAGAGCAGGGGGCAUUCCGGAGUGAGCAGCUCAGUCCAGGCCAAGAGUCGCAAGGCCAGCUACCCCCUCCCGGGACAGAUUGAGUCAAGCUGGCACGUGUCUGCCUUACAACGAGCCGAGGGGGGCCAGUACACCGCUGAACAGUUGGGCAUCAAACCGGGGCUGAACGGACCCACCUUCACCCGCGCCUCCCGCACCAGGAUGCCAAACCUUAAUGACCUGAAGGAGACAGCGCUGUAA